AUGGGGUCUUGGCCGAAAUUUUUCUCCGAUGUCGUCUCCUCCCUGGGGCUUUCCCCGAGGCCCAAGGCUGAGGCUCCCGCCGGAGACCGGUCGAAGCAGACCAGCAGCGAGGAAGAUCGCCCUCUCGAAGAACAAGAGGAAGAGGAGGAGGAGGAAGAAGAAGAAGAGGAAGAGGAGGAGCCUGAGGAUAUCAAGCCCCAGCUCGAGGAGGAGUGCGCCAACUCCGCCCAGUGCGCCCCCUACAAGCACCACCUCGACGAGUGCAUUGAGCGUGUCACCCAGCAGCAGGAGGACCCCGACUACAAGGGCCCCAAGGAGGACUGUGUUGAGGAGUUCUUCCACCUUACCCACUGCGCCACGGCCUGUGCUGCCCCCAAGCUCUGGAAGUCCCUCAAAUAA